AUGCCCAGUCUACUAGGUUACGUUGAGGUGAAAUGGAAUCUUGCUUGUGUAGCUUGUGUGGCCCAGGAAAUUGAAUCAACUGCUCUUUUGAAUACACACAUCAAUAGUCUUGGACAACAAAAACAAUUAGAAAAGCAGUCGGAUAUCAUGGAAGAUAACUUGGGCCAUCAAAAACGACUAAAGAAGCCACAUGCUGGGGACGACAAAACAAGGGGGUGCCUUGAGAAAGCCAGAGCACACCAUUUGAGUCCUCCAAAAAGGGUUCCAAGUGCUCCUCACUACUGGGGUAAGUCACUUUGGUGGUUUGGGCCAGGGAUCUUCUUCUCAUCCUCCUGGAGCAUUGGUAAAGCCAAAGCAAGAAUGCUGCUCUGGGAGAGAUGGCAACAAGGAUAUAGGUGUUAUGGUUUGAUAAGGAUGUUUACAAACCUAGCUAUGCAAAAGUUUUUGGUCUACAUAAGCAGGGAUUCUGUGGCUUAUGCAAGGGUGGGCUAUGGUUUCUGUGGAAUCACAGCUUUUGGUAGACCAAACUGGGCGCCACAUCAAAUCAGGGAAGAUGUGUUCUUGGCCCGCGCAGUUUGUGCAAAAAAUGGAAGGAAUAUGCCAGGAUAUUUGAUCCAAUUGGGAUUUGAGAAAGACUCUUCAAAUGCCUGA